AUGCUUAGAAAUUACCAUGCAAUGUUGAAUCGUGAAGGUCCCAAAGCGCUUGGAUCACGUCCAUUACCCGUCGGUAAAGAGAAUUGCUUUGAAGGACUGACAUUUGUGCAGUCGGGUGAAUUUGACACCUUGACCAAAGAACAGAUCAAAGAUUUGAUUAUGCGUUAUGGAGGUCGACUGACUGGUUCAGUGAGUGGUAAAACCACACAUCUGUUGAGAGGACGUGAUGCCGGCCAAACAAAAACUGCCAAAGCAGAGAAGCUUGGAACAAAGAUUAUCGAUGAGGAUGGAUUCUAUGCUCUCUUCGAUUCAGCAGCUGCAGAACAACCCAACGCAGAAGAGAAGAUGAAAGAAAGUGGGCAGUCAAAAGCAAAGGACAGUCUGUGGGUUGACAGGUAUCGUCCCCAAACCCUAAAGGACAUUGUGGGUAACAAGGAAACGAUCAGAAAGGUCUCUGCAUGGCUCGAGAACUGUUUGAAGCAGAAUUUCAAGAAGGGAUCAAGUCAAAACGACGAUAUCGAGACAAAGCGGUCUGUUCUUCUGAGUGGUCCUCCGGGCAUCGGUAAAACGUCGAGUGCCCUUGUUAUCGCCAGAACUCAUGGAUUUGAGCCUCUUGAAUUAAAUGCCAGUGAUGGGCGCAGCAAAAAGAUAUUGCAGGUUCUUGUCCUUAUCAUGGAUGAAGUGGAUGGCAUGACUGGCGGUGAUCGCGGUGGAUCAGCUGAACUUGCUUCACUUAUUCGAAAGACAAAGAUCCCUGUGAUUUGUAUCUGUAACGACGUUCGAUCAGACAAAGUCAAGCCCUUGCUGAACGUGUGCUACGAUGCCCGGUUCAGACGAACACCGGCAGCCCAAAUACGAUCACGCUUGAUGACUAUUGCCCAUCGAGAGGGCCUUAAGGUGCAAGCCAACGCAAUCGAUCAAUUGGUUGAAGCUACACACAACGAUAUGCGACAAAUGAUCAACAUCCUGUCCACUUUCAAGUUGGCUCAAGACUCGCUCAGUUAUGAUCAAGCAAAGGCACUUGGUCAAGCAAACGAAAAAUACGAGCAAUUGAACGUCUUUGACAUUGCUCUCACGUUAUUAUCCAGCAGUUCAUCUGCCGGAAAAUCACUCAGUGAAAAAUACGAUUAUUACUUUCACGAUUUCAGUUUGGCUCCUCUCAUGAUUUGGGAAAAUUAUCUUCGUGUAACGCCUGCCAAGGCAGAAGCUCCAUCAGGUGAUCCCAAUGAAAGAGCACGUAAUGAGAUGCGUCUUAUGGCAAAAGCAGCAGAAGCGUUUGCGGACGGUGAUCUUGUCGAUAGACAGAUCCAUGGCACGCUCCAACAAUGGUCGCUCAUGCCUGUGCACUCUAUCUUCUCCUGUGUUCGACCCACACACUACAUUGCGGGCAGAAUCCAAGGCCGUCCACAAUUCCCUCAGUGGCUCGGUCAAAACAGCAAAGCAAACAAGCACAUGAAAAUGUUGAACGAUAUCCGGUAUCGCAUGCGGCUUCGAUCAUCCGCAAAUCGAUACGAAGUGCGACAAAAUUAUGUGCCCACAUUUGUCGACCGUAUGUUUGAUGACUUGAAAGAGAGCAAUGUAGAUGAAGUUAUUGCUAUCAUGGACGAAUACUAUAUGCAACGUGACAAUCUCGAUGCACUGAACGAAUUGAUAAUCACAUCGAAGAAACCCAUGGCCGCGCUCUCUACAGCACAAAAGACGGCAUUUACACGAACGUACAACAGUCAGAACCAUCCGAUACUAUUCCAAGUUGCAGGAGAACCUAUCAAGAAGAAGCUGGAUGCACCUGCUGAGGAUCGUGAAGGCGAGAUUUUCGGGGAAGAUCCUGAUUUCGGCAUGGCCGUGUCUGAUGAAGAGUCUUCCGGGGAGGAUUUGGGUCAAGACAGGUUGAUCUCCGAGUCCAAGAUAAAAAGACGCCCAAGACCAUCAUCGUCGUCGUCGUCUGGCAGACUUAGGAAGAAACAAAGAACGAAGAAAUAG